AUCUUUGAAUGUGAAAAAAGAGAGACAAACAUAAAACCAGAGUUCUCCAACCCAACUUCUUAUUGUAUCUUUCUGGGGAUAUUUGUUAUUUUUUUUUAAAUAUUGUUUCUCAGAUCCAUUGACUUGUUCCACAAGUUUUAGAUCUUUUUAAAGGUUGAAUACUUGUCCGGCCGUGUAAACUUAUGGGCUCCACGAUCUUCGAAGCAAAAGCAAUGAGAGUCUUCUUCAUCAUCUUCUCAACAUGUCUAGCUUUCCUCCCGGAUCCUCUACACGGCGGUGUAGCCUACACCGGCAGCAUCCUUCCAGGGUUUGUAGGAUCUCAAAUGAACUACAUCAACAACAACGGUAUCUUCCUCGAAUCCAACAACUCAAACUUCGGUUUCGGUUUCUUAAACACACCAGCUUCCGUCACCCUCUACACUCUCAGCAUCGUCCACAAACCCAGCAAGAGACUUAUCUGGUCAGCAAACAGAGCUUCCCCUGUUUCAAACUCCGACAAGUUCCAGUUCGAAGCCAACGGAAACGUAGUCUUACGUAGAGAACAAGGAGGAGGAUCUGAUGAGGUUUGGAGAUUGGACAAUCUAGGUAAAAUUGUUUCAAGAAUCGAGCUCCGUGACUCGGGGAACCUCGUUCUUGUUUCGAGUCACGGAGCUUCGAUUUGGGAGAGCUUUGAUAAUCCUACUGAUACUCUGAUAACAAAUCAAGGUUUUAAACAAGGCAUGAAGCUCAUUAGCAACCCGUCUUCGAGCAACAUGACUUACACUCUUGAGAUUAAAUCAGGAGAUAUGGUUUUAUCUCUAAACACCUUGUUGACUCCUCAAGUGUAUUGGUCCAUGGGGAAUGAUGGAGGGAAGAUUGUUAACAAAGACGGUGUUGUUACUUCAUCGUCUCUACUCGGAAACUCGUGGAGGUUCUUUGAUGAGAAUCAGUCUUUGUUAUGGCAGUUUGUGUAUUCAGAUGAUAAAGAUGGUAACGCUACUUGGAUCGCGGUUUUAGGAAACAACGGUGUGGUCACUUUUUCAAAUCUUGGCACCGGUGCGUCUUCUGCUGAUUCUUCAACUAAAUUACCAAACGACCAGUGUGCUACACCAGAGCCUUGUGGCCCUUACUACGUAUGCUCUGGUGGUAAAGUGUGUGGAUGUGUGUCAGGUUUGUCACAAGUUCGGUCUGAUUGCAAAUCCGGGAUUGUGACUCCUUGUAAGAAGACUGAAAAUAAUGGAACAUUGUUAAAUGUUGGAGACAAAGUUGACUACUUCGGUCUAGGGUUUGCUACUCCCUUCUCCAAGAAGACUAGUCUUGAUAACUGUAAAGAGUUCUGUAACAAGAAUUGCUCGUGUCUUGGUCUUUUCUUUCAGAACAGUUCUGGUGAUUGCUUCUUGUUUGAUUGGAUUGGAAGCUUUAAAAGAUCUGAAAAUGGAGGAUCUGGUUACGUCUCUUACAUCAAGGUGGUCGUCACUAAUGGUGCUAGAAGUGGAGAUAAUGGGAAAAACUUUCCAUAUAUAGUAAUAAUUAUCUUGGUGACUGUUUUAAUCAUUGGUGUGUUGAUCUUUGCGGCUUUCCGGAUUCAUAAGAGAAAGAAAAGCCCUUUUGAUGAGCAUUUAGAUCAGAGUUCAGAGGAGGAUAACUUCUUGGAGAAUCUAUCAGGGAUGCCUAUUAGGUUUGCUUAUAAAGAUCUUGAGCUAGCGACGAAUAACUUCUCUGUCAAGUUAGGUCAAGGAGGGUUUGGUUCGGUCUACGAAGGAACUUUACCUGAUGGAUCUCGUUUAGCUGUGAAGAAGCUUGAAGGAAUAGGUCAAGGGAAGAAAGAGUUCAGAGCUGAGGUUAGUAUCAUCGGAAGCAUACAUCAUCUCCAUUUGGUUAAGCUCAGAGGUUUUUGCGUGGAAGGCACGCAUAGGCUUCUUGCUUAUGAGUUCUUACCUAAAGGUUCCUUAGAGAGAUGGAUAUUUAGGAAAAAAGAUGGAGAUGUUCUGUUGGAUUGGGACACAAGGUUCAACAUAGCUCUCGGAACAGCGAAAGGGUUAGCUUAUCUACAUGAAGAUUGCGACGCAAGAAUCAUCCAUUGUGAUAUCAAACCUGAGAAUAUUCUCUUAGACGAUAACUUCAACGCCAAGGUAUCUGAUUUCGGACUAGCUAAGCUCAUGACACGCGAACAAAGCCAUGUCUUCACGACAAUGCGUGGGACUAGAGGCUAUCUAGCUCCUGAAUGGAUCACGAGCUACGCGAUCUCGGAGAAGAGCGAUGUUUACAGCUACGGGAUGGUGUUGUUAGAGCUGAUAGGAGGGAGAAAGAACUAUGAUCCAUCAGAGUCAUCAGAAAAGUGUCACUUUCCUUCUUAUGCGUUUAAGAUGAUGGAAGAAGGGAGGGGUUUGGAGAUUGUUGAUGGGGAGAUGACGAACGUUGAUUUGAAUGAUGAGAGAGUUCAAAGGGUGAUGAGAACUGCGCUUUGGUGUAUACAAGAAGAUAUGAAUUUGAGACCGUCGAUGAGUAAAGUUGUUCAAAUGCUUGAAGGAGUUUUCACUGUGGUUCAGCCACCGACUUCUUCUAAUUUGGGGUCGAGGCUUUACUCGAGUUCGGUCAGUGAGGAAAGUGGUGGUGGUAACUCGGCUAGAUUGAUGGAUUGUUACAGUGAGAAUAGUAUCUCUGCCGUGAGACUCUCAGGGCCGAGAUAGCAGUCUUGUGUGGUGUAGCCAAAUUUUUAGUAUUUUGUUAUGAUAGUUUUUUUUUGGCUCAUUGUGUAUUUGAUUGUGUUGUGUUUAAUUUUUUUAGUGUCUCCAGUUCUGUAAUGUUCCAAGUUUUUCAGGGAUAAUUCCUUUUUA